UUGACGCAUGUCAUAUGUCCGUCGAUGGGAGGAUAAAAGGCGAACUGCGAUGCUGGUCCCUUCAGUCGUACGUCCUAUUGAACCACCUCUACCGCUCGGCCCCAUGGUGUCAGCUCCUCGCUGGUUCGCCGCACUCACGACGGCCCUCGGGCUUCCCGAGAACAAAGGCCAGAUAAUGUAUCAGCUCGCAUCGGUGGAUGCGAACGGCAGCCCACACGUCCGCACCAUCGGACACCGCGGAUUCAUUGAGCCCGAGGACUCUCCUCACCUACCCCUCCUAAUGAGUGCGACGGACAUCAGGACCGCCAAGGUCGCACAGAUCCUCGCAAACCCGCACGUCGAGCUCAUCUGGUGGUUAUCGGGAUCGAUGGAGCAGUUCCGCCUCUCUGGCCUCGUGCGACUAGUCCCUCCUCCUGACGCUCAACUACCCGUGCAACCCACGAAGUUGUCAUCAUCUACCUUUGACAAGUUAGACGGGCAGGGAUUCGAUUGGGAGAAGAAGCGUCAGGAAGCGUACGACGGGCAGCCGCCAUUCUUGAGGGCGGGCUUUGCUCGUCCGCCGCCAGGGAGCAUCAUCGAGAACUACGACGUGGGGAAGAGCUGGGCUGGAGUAGUUCCCAAACUCACCGACGCGCAGAACGAGGAGGAGAAACACGCCUAUGAGAGGGGUUUGCGCAACUUCGCGCUCAUGUUCAUCGAGCCCGUGGAGGUGGACUGGCUGCAGCUGAAGGAGAAGCCCAAUCGGAGGACGAAGUUCAUCAGGAAGGGAGAGGAGUGGUCAGAGUACGUUGCUGUACCCUGAUUGAGGUCUUGUAUGGAAUGCGGUAUGUGCCAACACCUUGGUUGAGUGUAGUCAACAGGGCACUCAUCGGAUAGGUCAAGCUGUACCGUUGAAGAUUCUGAAAUGCUGAGCUCUACGCAUAUGCUACCAAUAAGUUAAGCAGAUUUGAUGCUUGACGGCAGAACGAGUGACCCAGACAACGAGCGUGGCCAUUUGGAUGAUCAUGAAGUCGAUGUGAGCUUCAUCUCAUACUUAUGGUUCAUCAUGUCUGCGAGGCGUUCUGUGGGGACUUGCAGAAUGAUU